GACGCUGUCACAUUGUCUCUCUAUCACGCAAUGUCAUAGACGAUUGGCUGUGUUUCCAAACAGCUGCACAUUUGCGCUCCUGUCAGGAGAGGUAGACUGGGAGGACAGCACGGCUGAGCGAGAGAGAGAGAAAGAGUGAGCAUAUGAGGGAGGGGAAACUCCAUUCACCAUCCCUCGCUGCUUCCCGAACCCCCAUUCCCGCUCGCGACACCGUGCAGGGAUCUCUCUAAUUGCAUUCCAGAGGAAUUUUCCUGCAGCUGGUGCUUCGGCCGUCAGGAGCGAUUGGGAAUUGUGAAUGACUCUGCCUGAAGGAAGGAGGGAUUUUAGGGGAAAAUAAGUUUUUCAGAGGAGAAAAGAGAGUUUGGAUAGCACUGCAGGCUCUUUUGUCAUUUGCUCCCCGUGGAUAAGAGACGUCUCUUCCACUUCACUCGCGCGCUUUGGCAGCGAAGGUUUGACUGGCUCGAAGCUUGCGAGACAGCGUGUGUAAAUAAAGCGAUGUGAUACUAUUGGCUGGGCAGGAUGCCAGACUGCUAGAGCGAUAGCCCUGAAGGUUUCAUUGCAAGAAGUGCACCCUGACUGGAUCAACGAGUCUGGAGACGGACAGCUCCUCCGAAAGCGUUAGCAUGUGCAUUUGAGUAUUUGAGUGUGUUUGGUGCCGGGGAGUCGAAUCAGACACCACAAGCUGAAGAAAGACAAGAAGAUGGACCGUGUUCCCAAGCUCGCUCUGCAUGAGUCACGUCCAGACACAAAAAUGUAUGUAUGAAUGUUUAUCAAGGCAUCAGAGAUCUGCUUACGUCUGUUCACACAGUCCUCUCUCCCAGCUUGCUCCUGCAGAACAUCAGGACGUCUCCGUGAGUUGUUUUUGUAAACAAAUUGAGCUCUGCUUUCCAGGCUUGGAUUUGUGUAGAGUGGAGAAAUUGAGGAUCUUUAAUUUCUGCAUGAUUUACAGACCCCUGCCCUGCACAUGUCAAGAGCGAUUGAUACUUGCACUCCAUUUUUAAAACUUUCAUUUGUUUUUGGAGGGAGUCCUUUGUCUUGACGGUUUUGCACUAGUGGACUGAAGCUUUGUUGAAUUGUUCUUUUGUCUGAAUUUAGGGUUCUUCUCACGGUGAGAAAACCCUCAGCCCCCUGCUCUGACCCCUCUGCGUCCCCCCCGCUUUUUAUCCCGGACGAAUCCCCUCCUUCCAUCUCCCCCAAAGGAGUCUUAUCGUCCCCUUUCCCCCUGUACUCCCACGCACCUCCUUGUCUUCGCAGAGCAUGUGCGCCUCUUUCUGCACGUGAAGCCAGGAUUAAGAGCAUGGAAGGUAAUGCAUCGCAGACAGAUUCGGGACCAAGAAGAGGACCCAGAAGCAUUCUAAGGGGAUUUUAAGACACAUUUGAUCGUGUGUAACGGUGCAUGUGCUUUUCUGCACGUGCCCGGGUCCAAUUGUCAAAAGGAGAGUGAUAGUGCCAUGUCCGAAGCGUGAUCCUAUUGGUAAUAUUGCAGGGUGGGCAGGGGUGGUGGUGCGCUGCGUUAAUCUGGGCUCAUCAUGAAAAAAACACGCAGCACCACUCUCCAGAGGGCCUGGCCCAGUUCCGACUUCUCGGACCGGGCUUCCGAACGCAAUCGGUCACGGAGCGAGAAAGACUACAGGCUGCAUAAACACUACCCUAAACAUUUCUUCUCUUACGCCCCCAGAGGAUUCCUGAUAACAGGUGAUGUGUCUCCUAUCAGUAUGUCUCCCAUCAGCCAAUCCCAGUUCAUCCCACUGGGAGAAAUCCUGUGCCUGGCCAUUUCUGCCAUGAACUCCGCCCGUAAGACUGUCACUCAAGACACUCUCAUCGAGCAUCUAGCAACAUGUUUUCCAGGCGUCCCCACUCCGAGCAUGGAGAUUCUUCGGCAUACGCUCAACAUGCUGGUCCGAGAGCGGAAGAUCUACCCCACCCCGGAGGGUUAUUUCAUUGUCACCCAGCAGACAUACUUCAUCACGCCCUCCCUCAUUAGGACUAACAGCAAGUGGUACCACCUGGACGAGAGGAUACCGGAGCGCAUGCAACAACAACAACCGUGUACCUCCCCUCAUUCGGGUACCAUGACACCCUCCACAUCUGGAUGCGUCCGGGAGAGAUCUCACCACAAGAACCACAGCGACUCUUACAACAACACCUACCGGGAGGACGUGCCCAGCACACAUACCUCAACCUUACAGAGAAGGUCUAAGGAGCACAAAGAGCAUUCUCCUGUGUCCCCGCCCCCUCAACAGUCAUCAGAGAAAAGUAAAAGUACACUUAGUUUUCCAUUUAAAACAGAGACGAACAGUAAAAGCAAAGAUGGAAGCAGCAGCAGUGGGGAGAAACAGUCCAAGAAAUUUGGACUUAAGCUCUUUAGGCUGAGUUUUAAAAAGGAUAAGACAAAACAUCUAGCUACAUUCUCUGCUCAGUUUCCACCCGAGGAGUGGCCACUGCGCGACGAGGAGACGCCCACUACGGUUCCUAGAGAAGUGGAGAUGGAGAUCAUACGUCGGAUAAACCCGGAUCUAACGGUGGAAAACCUGGCUCGCCACACGGCCGUGAUGAAGCGGCUAGAGGAGGAGAAGGCGCAACGGAACAAAGCAAACUCCUCUGCCCAGCACAGCGCCCGCAACAAACGAAGUCGCAGUCAUCGCAAGACCCAGCAGGGCAAGGCCUCACGUUCCCAUAGUAAAACACGGGCGUCCAGGGGGGACCCUUCCGAAGGAUCUAAUCUGGACAUAACCUAUGACAGGGAUUACAAAUUCUACAGUUCCUCAUUGGUACGUUCUCCGCGUGAAACCAUGAUGUCCAUGGAGCGAAACAGGGGAAAGUAUAUGGUACACAGCAACCCCAAUAUCGUGGAGUCUCAUUUUACCACGGCUCCAGAAUGGGAUGUUUCUGGGGAACUGGCAAAGCGGAGGACAGAGAUGCCAUUCCCUGAACCCUCAAGGGCACAGUCAAAUUCGAAGGUACAUCGAAGUCAUAGUCACACGCAAGAGAGAAAAUCAAGAAACGAAAGGUCGGACAAGGCCAAAGAGAGGUCGCGCUCCAUGGACAACUCCAAGGGGCCGCUCGGUGGUCCGUUCUUAGGUGAUCCAGAAGACUUUGAGUGCAGUCCUGAUGACAGAAGUCGGUACUACACCGAUGAUGGUACUUUAAGGGCAUCCGCACAGUCGGCCCACUACUCCCGUAUCAUGCUCUCUGCUGCUAGAUUGCACCCUGAUGUUUGUGUGCCUGAUGUUGGAAGAGGAACCUCGGAGGAUGCCGUGCUUUACAGGACGCUGGAGAAGAGUAAAAGCAGGGAUAGUCUUCCUGCUUACAAUGACCUGAAGUCUUGCUCUCCUAAAAUGUCCAUGGAUGAUUAUUUCCAGUGCACUGCAGCAAAUGAAGUCUCUCUCUCUGCCCCAUCUUCUCUCGUAAAACCCAGCCAUGACUUUAUAGACAGCGUCUGGAAGGGAAUCUCCACGGACCGAACGACUCCUCACCUAGCCCCGUCUCACCCUAUGGAAUAUAAAGAGGAAACCGCAAUAGGGCAAAGUAGUAUUCCCAUAGCGAUCACGAGCCAGACUCCCGAGCCGAUCCCCAAUGGACGAUUGUCGCACCAACACAAUCCAGACUCUGGUGACUUGGACAACAUGCCGGAGGGUUACGGCCAGGAAGCUUUGUUCAAACCCCCAGACUACGUGGAGAGCAGCUUCUCAAGGCCAGGUACGAUAGGUAGGUCUUCUCACACAAAGUCCGCAGAGGCGCUGGAGACUCAAGAGCACUUCGAGCAACCUCUCCCACUGACCGUGCCACCUUCCUCGGGUCAAGAUCAGGCUUCGUGUGCAGAAACCACCUUUGACUACUACAACGUGUCGGACGACGACUCGGAGGAGGCUAGUCAUAAGAAUAGGGUGCAAGAGAAGGUUCGAGAAGAGGGGGGAACCAUGCAAUGGCUGUUGGAGCGAGAAAAGGAGAGGGACCUGCAACGCAAAUUCGAAAAGAACCUCACCUUUUUAAAUCCCAAGCAAGGUGAGGGCAACAACAGCCAAAAAUCGGUUCACUCUACCCGUUUGGACAGUAUGGACUCCAGCAGUGUAACUGUGGAUAGUGGAUUUAAUUCGCCACGCACACGGGAAAGUCUCGCUUCAAACACUUCAAGUAAUGUGGAAAAUAGCAGACGCCAGAAUAUGGCUUUGAGUCCGGGACAUAUCGGCACCAAAAGACCCCCACCGCCCUACCAGCCCCCCAGCUUCCGUACCAUUCGCGAGCCGCCCGCCAGUCGCACCGAGAAACAGGCCUCCAUCACCAGCGUGUAGUGACGGGGACCUGCAGGGGGCGACACCCGUUAACCUGUUCUUUACUGGGACUGUUACAAUCUGACUGACAGGACAUUUCGAGUUAGUGUGAAGAUUAUUUCAGCUGUAAAAACAGAAAGUGUUUGGAAACAGUUUGUCAUGAUUCACUGGGGGUAUCUUGUAGGUUUUUUGUAACAAAUACUGCUGCAUACAUACGAGUCAUUUCAUUAGGACAACAUUUGAGGUGAUCUCGGAUCAAAUCCUUAAUUUAACACAUUUGUAGGUGUCCUUAAUAGCUUAAUGUAUCCACUACGGGUCGUAUUGGUCUUCUGAUUCAGACUAGCUGCGUUGCCUCUGCCUAUUCGUUCAUUACCGCCGAGCUUCAUUUUGUAAUCUCAGGUCCUUCUGAAUUUUACUAACUUAACUAACUAGAGUUUCAUAUUCGAUGGCCACAAUAAUCUCUGUUAGAAGAAAAUCUGAACAAACUAUAGGCCUCCUCUUCUGUUUUCGAUCAUUUUAUCCUUGUGUACUGUCAGCUGUUGUGGGAUAUCUCUGUAGUUUAAUACUCAAUAAAACACCGCCAUGGCAUUAUUAGUUCAAAAAUACCAAUUUAAAUACUAUUGGUGCUUUAUCAUUGAAUGGCCGUUAUUUAAAAGACAUAUAUCCGUUUUUUAUUUUCCAUUUUAACCAGGUGCUCUCUAAUACAGAACAAGACACACAUUGCUACCUCCACAAUUUGUACAGUCGCAUAGAGGAAGACAAAAGAUUUCCAUCCCGCAUCUCAGAUCUCUGCUGUGUUAGACGAACACUAUCAGCUUGCAAACUGUGAAUGUACUGCUACUGCUUUUCAGUCACAUCUAGAUCAUUUAUAAUCUUGGUCAUGUCAAAGCGUUAGUAAGAUACUGUUCUCAUUGUAAUAGAGAGACUUUGUAAUCGUAUAGGACCCAUGUAGAAUGGCAUAUCUCCAGCCAUGUUCAAUUAUUUAUGUAUUAUUUAUUAUUUCCAUUAUAUUUUUACAGUUCUUUUAUUUCAAUAGCAAUUCAUGGAAGCCAUUAGAACAAUAUAUCACUCAUUUUUGACACGUGGGACAAAACAUGUUUUACAGUUUUAUCUACUAAUUAACUAAUAUUUUUUAAUUGAAUUAACUCAAAAAAAGCAAGUUCAUUGGUUUGCUUAAAAUGUUUAGCUAAUUCAACUUAAAAAUAUUAGUUUGACAGUUUUACACACUUUUUGAGUUAACUAAAAUUUCUUUAAGUUAAAUUAACUCAGAAUUUUAAGGUAACCCAGUAACUCACUUUUUUAAGUUAAAAUAUAUUAGUUGACACAUUUUAAGUUAACUAAUAUUUUUAAGUUGAAUUAGCUAAACAUUUUAAGCAAACCAAGGAACUUGCUUUUUUUGAGUUAAUUCAAUUAAAAAAUAUUAGUUAACUCAAAAAUAUGUGUAAAACUGUCAACUAAUAAUUUUUGGUUGAUUAACUCAAAAUUUUAAGGCACCUGGUAACAUACAUUUUGAGUUAUUUCAAUUUAACAAUCUUAGUUAACUCAAAAAAGUGUGUAAAACUGUGUCAACUAAUAUUUCUUGGUUGAAUAAAUGUUUUACAGUUUUAUCUACCAAUAGUAUAAAAAUAGCAUUUUAAUAAGAGAUGAUAUAGGAGAAUCAAAACAUAACAACACGUGCAAUUUAAUUUUUACCUUACUUUUAUUGUAUUGUGUUAAGAUAAUGAAAUUACACUCUAAAAAAAGCUGGCAUAUUUUCAACCCAGCGUUGUGUCAAAGAGGGUUGAACCCAACCGUUGGGUUAAAUCAGGGGUGUCAAACAUACGGCCCACAAAUGUGUCCAAUCCUACCCGCACGAUGAUUUAUUAUGAAAUAUUAAAUACAUAUUUUUAAAACUCUUUCAGGCAGACACGGCAGUCGUGUGUGUCUAGUUUAAAUAGGAGACAUGCGGAAAGCAGCAAAACGCAGAGUUUCACAGAUGGUCGUAGACGGACCUCAAAUAUAAGCACACUAAUGCUGCGUUCACACCAGACGCCUAAGAAGUGUUAAAGGGUCAGUAAGUAGGGUUUAAGGUGUUUUAUUAAUCAAAAUCAAUGUCUUUAUUCAUAAAUAUGUCCUCGUUGGUGACCUCUGCCAGUGAUCAGAUUUUUCUUUGUAAACUUAGAAUUUCUUCUUUACUUACAUUGAACGGGUAAGUCCAAGGAGGCUUCCAUAUCGUUCUCCUGUAUUGAUAAAGUAGAGAGGGACAAAAAGCAUUAGCCUACCAACGCGUUUUCAUUCAGAACACGUGAACUAGCUGAAACGGACGAGAUCAGUGAUUACAUAAUGGCUACCGUAGUUGCAACAUGCAUUUGGAAAAAGCGAGGCGCUAGAGAGCACUGUUCCUUUGAAUGCAAAAUACAAUUUCACCACUAGAUGGGGGUAAAUCCUACUUAUUGUCCCUUUAGCGCGAGUGAUUUACAUGUUAAGUCAAUGCAAAGUUGCGAUAAGACAUCUUGCGGCGCGAUACGUGCGAAAGGCGCGUUUCGUGAAUAAACCGAGUUAACUCAAAAUGUUCAAGCAUCCAACUGCGCGUUUUUACAAUGUUUACGUUUUUCUGCGUCUUGUGUUAACGCACACUAAGCAGUCCCUCCAGAACACGAUUAUGCGAUCGCAUGAUUCAACGCACAAUCAGCCAAUGCGGGGGCCGCAUUUUUUUAAAUACGCCGCACUUUCGCAGCAUAAAAUGCAGAUUUCCGUGCGCAAAAUAUGCGGGGCUUGCAUGAUUUCAUAAUCCCCACAUUUUCGUGGCAAAAAUCACAUAUAUCCUAGCAACAAGUUGAAAAAUGUUGCAUGUACUUCACACAAGCGUUGCCAUGAGAACGUUAUGAAGUGACGUGAUUACAUGACGUGAACAUCAUUGAAAAGCUGCAAACAGUAUUUGCAAGUUCCCCCAGUUUUUGCAAGUUCCCGCAAUUUCAUUGUAUAAAAUUGCAUAAAUAUCCCGCAUAUUCCAUCACAUUUUUUAAGAAAACGUGCCACAAGAUCAAGGAUUUUUGCCCGCAACAAUCUAAAAAAAAACAAGUUUUUUUGGAAGGACUGACUUAUGUUGCGUUUACACCAGAUGCGGUAGACGCGACAAGUGUGAGUGAUUUACAUGUUAAGUCAAUGCAAAGACACAAUUAGGCAUCCUGCGGCGCGGUAAGCGUGAUGCAAAUGGCGCGUUCUGCUCGAAUUAAGAGUUGAAAAAUCAAAAUUUCGGCAGAUUUACGUAUUGCGUUAACCAAUCAGGACCUUGCUGUAGUAGUGAAGUGAUUACAGGAAGCGAGCGGAGUCUCAGCGGAGUGGCAGAAGCCCCUCCCAUUAUGCAAAUUUUCACGUGAAUGUCUUGAAUGACUAGAAUUUCACGCACGGCUUUCACGCGCGAAUGAAGCUAGUGAACUCAAAUGUUCAAGCGUCCAACUACGCGCGAAUAGCAAGUUUUGCCACCUCUACCACGGCUGGUGGGAAUGCACCAUAAGGCUGCAUCCGAAAUUGCAUACUGUGACAGUAGGGUCUAAAUUAAAUAAAAAUAGUAGGUACUAUAUAGUAUGAAUAUGGAAGUAUGAAUGAAUUUGGACGUACUACAACCGCCAUGUUGAUACAUCACGUAAUUACAAGUUAGUCGUUAACUGGAAUGACGUUAAACAAGCGCAAUUUAACCACAAGGGACAGCCGUUUAAUAUAUGUAUUUGCAUUUGAAUAGAGGCGCGUUACCACUUUCAGGCAUUUUUUUUUAAAAUAACACCCCUCUUUCGUCUUGCUCGUUGGAUAACUCCUCUCCUGGGGGAUCACGGGAUAGCAAAGUUUCCAUGGAAUGAACACGUCGGGAUCUUGCCGGAAGUAAUAGGUCAUCCGGGACAUACUAAUCACCUCGCCUACUGCAAAGUACGGAAGUAGGCGGUUUCGGACGCAGCUAGUGGUUUCAAAAGUUAUCCAGCGCUCAUAUGGUGACGUUAUUUGCCAUCAGGCCCUCAAACUUAAAUAAGUUUGACACCCCUGGGUUAAAUUAACCCUGAACAUGCAUAGGUUAAAUUACAACCCAAAGGCCAGGGUUCAUCCCUUUUUGAAGUAGAAUUAACUAACAUUACCAAAGAUUAAUAAAAGCUGAUAAAAGUUCGUGUUAGCAGAUGCUUUUACAGCCGUUUACCUUAUUGUAAAGUGCUACUAAACUUUAAAAUGAUAUCUCCAAUUAAUACAAAAAAAUGAAUGCCAAAAUGUAGUAUUUGACUUGACGGUGCCUGCGUUUUAGGAUCUUAAAAUCUGAGCAGUUGUACAUUAAACACAUGAAAUAUUGUUUUACACACACUGUUUAUUUCUCUACACAUAAACAAAUGUUUUCAGCCUGUUUUGUCCCAAGAGUCAACAAUCGGUUCUUUAUACAUUUUUAGUAAGUUUUCAAUUAUAAAUGAAUCGGUCUAAAACAUUUUGUGAAAUGACGUUUUACUGUACCAUUUAGUAAACAAUUUAUGUCUGAGCAGAAGUUCAGUCAUAUUAACUCCAGAUUGGAUUCUUGGACAGUAAAAUGUCACGUUACUAAAUAAACACACAAACUACAGGCAGAUUUACCUUGUUAUACCAUUUUUGCACUAAUGCCUGUUCUCUGGUGACUGUAAAAGGAAAAAAGGAAGAAAACAUCCGAACGGAUGUGCUGUGAAUAAUGAACAUAUUUCAUACGAAAUACUGAUAGUCCAUGAAAUGUCUUCCCUGAACAUGAUGGAUUUCUUAUGGUUCUCAAUAACAUUGUUCCUUAUUGUGACAUUACGUCAUUCUGUAAGAGAUGGCUAUCUGUCAAGCUGAGUAUAAAAACCUACAAGGGGAAUUUUUUGGUAAAGUCUAUAAUAUUUCAAAGGUUCCCCAGUUGUGUAGUUGUGCUGUUAAAUGUUUUAGUGUACUAAAUUCAUUCCUUAGGGAUUGUGUAACUUUUUAAGACAAUAAAAUAACAUGUUUAAAUUAACUA